UAGUGGACAGGACGCUCAAGAACCACAACACGGCUACUGUUUAAAACACCUCGGUAGUUUGCUAGCCAACAUACAACCGAAACACUGAAGCUCUUUAGACCAUUUUUGUGAAUAUUAAUCUCAUUGUUUAAAAACAAUUCUGUUGAGGUAUCUACUGGUUAACUUUAACGUAAUGUACUUGUUACAUUUGCAAACUUGUUCAGAUUGAUACUGAGCCUAGCACUAGGCUAGUCGCUAAUGCUAACUAGCAUCCACAACCAUGAGCUCUCUAAGCUACUCGCCCCCAGCUAAAGAAGAGGCGAUAUGUUGGACGGAGAAAGAAUCUCUCGGACUGAACUUUGUCAUAAAAAAAGAAGAGGAGGAUAUCUCAGUGAAAGGAGAGGAAGAAGCUUUCAGAAUUAAAAAGGAGGAAGAGGAGUCUAUCAGCAUCACAUUGAAAGAGGAAGAUGUGAUAGUGAAAGAAGAGAAAGAACCCAUUGGAGUGAAGGAGGAAGAAAUGAUAGAGGCUGUCACAGUGGAAGAGGAGGAGGUAGAAGCUUUGAUAAUGAAAAAGGAGGAAGAAGCUAUCACAUUGAAAGAAGAAAAGGAUAUUAUAAUGAAAGAAGAGGAAGAACCUUUUAGAGUGAAAGAGAGAGCCUCCUCUAUCUCAGUAAAAGAGGAGGAAGUGGAAGGAGAGGAAGAGGAGACUGAAGAUCGGAUUAGCACCAGAGCGAGACCAGACUCUCACUCGGACAGCGGAAAGAGUACUUCAGGGCAACCAGACCCAAAAAUGGCCAAACCAGCGAGACCACACCACUGCUCCCAUUGUGGAAAGAGUUUUAUUAAUUUAAGGAGCCUAAAAGUUCACAAAAGAGUACACACAGGAGAAAAGCCUUACAACUGCUCACAGUGUGGAAAGAGUUUUACUCAGUUAGGGAACCUGAAAAUGCAUGCGAGAAUACACACAGGAGAGAAGCCUUUCCACUGCUCCCUGUGUGGAAAGAGUUUUACCCAGUUAGCUGCUCUGAAAAUACAUGAGAGGACGCACACAGGAGAGAAGCAUUUCCACUGCAACCUGUGUGGAAAGAGUUUUACCCGGAUAGGGUCCCUGAAAACGCAUAAGCGAAUACACACAGGAGAGAAGCCUUUCCACUGCUCCCUGUGUGGAAAGAGUUUUACCCAGUUAGGGGCCCUGAAAACACAUGAGAGAACACACACUGGAGAGAAGAAUUUCCACUGCUCCCUGUGUAGAAAGAGUUUUACCCAGUUAGGCGCCCUGAAAAAACACGAGAGGACACAUACAAGAGAGAAGCAUUUCCACUGCUCCCUGUGUGGAAAGACUUUUACCCAGUUAGGGUCCAUGAAAACACAUGAGAGGACACACACUGGAGAGAAGCCAUAUCACUGCUCCCAGUGUCAAAAUACUUUUUCCGCAUUAAGGGACCUGAAAUCACAUGAAAGAACCCACUUAGUAGAGAGGCAGAGGCCUUUCCAAUGCUCUCAGUGUGGAAAGAGAUUCAUCCAGUCAUCACAUCUGAAAGAUCACACGACAACACACACAGGAGAAAAACCAUUCCAAUGCUCUCAGUGUGGAAAGGGUUUUACCAGGUUAAGCACACUAAAAACACAUAAGAGUACACACAGGAGAUAAGCAUUUCCAGUGCUCCCAGUGUGAAAAAAACGGUUAGUAUACCUGAAAAUGCAUCCAUUAACAACUAUUGAUGGAUUUAUUGGGGAAAAAAGAUGCACUGAGUAGGAGUACAACCCAGGGGAUAACGCGUUAAAGUGAAAAUCACUUGUUUCCAACGUGGUCCUCGAUGGAAUAAACUCAAUACAGACAAGACACAAGAUAAAUAUAUCUUCCUCCCAGUGUGGAAGGGUAUUUGCCUAGUUAGGGAACCUGAAAGACCACGAGGGAACAGAUGCCUUACCACUGCUGCAAGUGUGGAAAGAGAUUUUUCACAUCUGAUGACAUCCACAGUGGACCCACGCUUUUUGGGGGGGAAGGAUUUUGAUUUGUUUGUCGUGUUUUCCAGGGAAAGUUUUGGAAAAGGAUCAAAUCUGAUAAGUUUUCAAAAAGUCAAUGGAAAUUAUUUUAACUUCUGUUAGCCAUUUAUUUAGGCAUAGUUUGUAAAUAUUUUAUUCAUCACAUACAAAUCACCAUAUCAACCAGGAUGAGAAUGCUUUAAUGCUGUGUGACCGCAUCACAGGCACGUGCACUGUGGAGUGGGCCUCAAGGGGAGAGAGACAGUAGCACUGUUGCAGCAGCAGGUAGGCCUAUAGAAUAGGAGAGAACAGACUGACUUGGUAGCCAAUUCAUUCAAAACAUUUUUUGUAGCCUGGCUAGUUAACUAUCUGGUUAACUGUUUAGCUAUUCACAUUUAUUCAUGCUAGUUAACUGUUUACAGUGAGGGAAAAAAGUAUUUGAUCCCCUGCUGAUUUUGUACGUUUGCCCACUGACAAAGAAAUGAUCAGUCUAUAAUUUUAAUGGUAGGUUUAUUUGAUCGGUGAGAGACAGAAUAA